AUGCAAUUGAGCUUGAUAUAUCUCGCACUAGUUGCCCAACUGGUAGUAGCCAAUCAGUUGCCUCCCGAAAUAGAAAAGUGUCGCUACCAGGACGAAAAUUGUCUUCUGCGCAGCAGCAACUCAGUGAUUCGAAAAUAUGGAAAAACAGGAUUGCCGGAGAUCAAUUUGUUACCACAGAACGCCAUUAAAGUACCCCCCUACUCACUUCAGAGGGGGAAUCGCGAUCUACAUUUCUGGCACGACUGGAAUGUGAGUGACCAAUGGGUCUUCGGUUUCGAGAACACCACCUUUACCAAGUUUCAAGGAUUCGACAAAGAUCCUAGGCAUUCGCAGGUGGAGAUACACGGUGGAGUACCCAGCGUAAGCUCUACGUUGAGAUUUCAAUUUGUAUCGCAGUUUCUCACCAUAAAAAUAAAUACAACAGGCCGAGCAAAAUCCGAUUUUCAAAACUUUCGGUUUAUUCUUAAAUUUUCCCUUACCGCUGACGACAAAGGAUAUGCCAAAAUCUACAAACUUAGUCUUAAUUUGGAUUUGGAUCGCUGGAUUCAGGAGCUGGAUGACCUAUUUGUGGGCAACACAGAUCUUACCGUGAUUGCCAACGAAUGGAUGAACCGGAACUGGAGGGAGUACUGGGUGGAUAUAGAGUCGGAGAUAACGGAAAUCGUUCGACUAUUAUUACACGAAAAACUUGAUCAAAUCUUUGCCGUGGUGCCCUAUAAAGAUUUUUUUCUUUAG